CACCGCAAAUAUCUAUCAAUUGUUCCAGCACAACAAUUCUCAAUGUAAGUGCUUAUUUUUCAUGUGAAUGUAAAGGAGUUGAUGGUAAUCCUCCUGCUGUGGUCACAUGGUAUAAAGGUAGUCAAAGGAUUAUCUCAGGAGAAGAAAUGGCAACAUUAACUAUUGCUCGGGUUGGUCGUGAUGACAAUGGCCCUUAUAGAUGUGAAGCAAAGGGUGACGAGAAAUUUGAAGCUGAGAAAACUGUUCAAAUAAUUGUUAACUCUGAAACUUUCAACACUAAAUUGACUCUUCAAAGAGAAGGUGAUAAAGCAAGAUUGACCUGCACUGCUGAAGGCAACCCUCAACCACAAUUUGAAAUAUUUCUCAAUGACGCAAGUGUUGUCAAUCAAUCAGAACUUGUCAUAAAUGAAGUCUCCACAAAAAAUGUUGGUGAUUACACUUGUCGAGCAACCAAUAAUCUAGGUAGCCAAUUGUCACAAAAAGUGAACCUACCUCUUAAAGGCAUGAGCACAACUACUCCAUCAGCAACUGACACAGACCCAAAGGCCGUAAAAAUCGUGAGGGUGGUCUUGGUGGUGAUGUUAUUGCUGGUAUUGUUAUUGGUGUUUUGGUUGUCAUCAUCAUCAUUGUCAUUGUUGUUUACUUUUGUGUAGUUAAGAAAAAUAAAGACAGCAGACUGGGUAACUCAAAGAGUAAUGCUGAGUACAGCAAAGCUGCAGAUAGUGCUGACAAGGAUAAUCAUUAUGCUGCCCUUGAUCCAGUUGCAUUGAACGCAGGUGGUAGCAGGCCACGUGCAGAUGAACCUCCACC